AGGAACAUCAAUAUUCAUGUAAGAAAUAAAACAACAGCACAAAACGCUGAGUCCUCACUUCCUGCCCACAGGCGCUCCUGGCUCUGGCCACUGAGCGAGCGACGCAGGCCCGGCCGGGUCAGCGCUGCCCUGUGCCCUGCCCGGCCAUUGGCUGCUGCCCAGGGCUCGGCCGCCCCUGCCAGAGGGAAUAAGAGCAGCCUCAGCCCCAGCUCCCGCCACCCGGACCCACGGAAGGAGGUGACAGGAGCAGGCCCCAGGAUGUCUGAGCUGGAGAAGGCAGUGGUGGCUCUCAUCGAGGUUUUCCAUCAGUAUUCGGGGAGGGAGGGGGACAAGCACAAGCUGAAGAAGUCGGAGCUGAAGGAGCUCAUCAACAACGAGCUCUCUCAUUUCCUAGAGGAAAUCAAAGAGCAGGAGGUUGUGGACAAAGUCAUGGAAACACUGGACAAUGAUGGAGACGGUGAAUGUGACUUCCAGGAGUUUAUGGCUUUCGUUGCCAUGGUUACAACCGCCUGCCACGAGUUCUUUGAACACGAGUGAGACGGAGAAGGCAGCCGGCUGCUCCUGUAACAGACACGGUCCCCCAGGAGGAAGAGAAUGAGGGCUUGCAGGCUAGUAGAAGCCGAGCUCUCUAGUCGUGUUGUAGCUAUUUAGGAAGCUUGAUUUGCUUUGUGAAUGAAAAACUGGCAGCCUCUCUCUAAGGGCUGCACCGUUGUUUCUGCUGUAUUAGGCAAAUGUGUAAGCUGUCUGGUCCCGGCGACUUUUGGUCAUAAUCAUUUAGGAAAUUCUCAGUCGUAAACAUGUGCUGUACAGACCACCAUGGCUGUGUAGAAUCCUAAAUCAGAAAAAACAAAACUGACUACCAAAAAUUACCCCCGGGCAUCCUUGAGGCUUCCGCUGCAUUUUAACACGCCAAGCCUUGUCCAUCAUUUGAAAAGGCUGCCCUUGCUUAAGGCUGUUCGUCGUUAGCGCAAAUAAAACCUAAAGCAGUUGGA